AGAGAGAGAGAGAGAGAGAGAGAGAGAGAGAGAGAGAGAAUGGCUAUCCCCCAUGCCCUCGUUGUCCCCUUUUGUGCCCAAGGCCAUGUUGCACCCCUCAUGGAGCUCUCACACCAUCUAGCUGAUCAAGAUGUUCUCGUUACCUUUGUGUACACGGAAACUGUUCACAAGUAUGUCAUGGCGGCGCUGCCGGAAAACUUCCGUAGCAAUUACAGUGGGAAAAUCCGGUUGGUGACCAUCCCCGAUGGCACAGUUAACGACGAGGAGCGCUUAAACUUUUCAAAGCUGUUUCCCCUCCUGCUGUACAACACCCCUAGUUUCAUACAGGAGCUCAUACUGAGCACCAAUGAGAAGGAGGAGCACAAGAUUACGUUUGUAAUCGUUGAUGGGACGAUGGGAUUUCUCCUAGAUGUUGCCAAGAAGCUCAACAUCCCUAGAGCUGCCUUCUGGCCAGCCUCAGCUUGGAAUUUGAUCAUGCUCUUCAAGAUGCCAACGCUGAUCGAUGCCGAAGUCAUAGAUCUAAAUGGGUUUCCAAAAGAUAGCAAAUUAUUCCAACUUUCUGAAGGGUUACCAGCCUUCAACCCAGCGCAUCUGUUCUGGGUGCCCUUUAGAGACACCAAGGAACAGGAGAAUUUCUUCAAGCACCUACAGAAGUGCAUCGAGCCCAUGAAAGGGAUAGAUCACAUCCUCUGCAACUCAUUUUCAGAGCUUGAAUCGCCAUUUCUCAAGCUCAUCAACAAUGCACUCCCAAUCGGUCCUCUUCUCUCAACCGGCAAUUCCGGGCGCCAGCCAUCUUCGUUCUGGGCUGAAGACUUUAGCUGCAUCAACUGGCUCGAUCGACAACCGGCUUGCUCCGUCAUCUAUGUCUCACUGGGAAGCACCACGAUACUCAGCAAGCACCAACUGGGCGAGCUUGCACUUGGGCUCGAGCUCACUGGACGACCAUUCCUCUGGGUCUCUAGACCUACCAUUAUGGAGAAUAAUGCAGCUGUAUAUCCGGAAGGAUUCAUGGAUCGAGUCGCAAGGCGCGCACUCGUUGUGGAAUGGGCUCCACAAAAGGAAGUACUCUCCCAUCCGUCGGUCGCAUGUUUCCUGACUCACUGCGGCUGGAACUCAACCAUGGAAGCGCUGUUCAAUGGGGUUCCCAUGUUGGGUUGGCCUUACUUUGCUGAUCAGUUUCUAAACCAGACCUGCAUAGUUGAUCUGUGGAAGGUGGGCUUGAAGUUAGUGAACGAUGAGGACGGUGUUGUUGGUAAAGAAGAAAUCAAAAAGAAAAUAGAGGAUUUGAUGAAUGAUGAAGGAAUCAGGGAGAGAGUUGGUGACAUGAAAGAGAAGGGAAAGAGGGCGGUGAUGGAGGGUGGUGCUUCCUUUGAUAAUCUCAAAGGAUUUGUGCACAUCAUAAAGAGGGAGGCAGGAAAUUAAAACUGUUCAAGUUAAACUAUCGAGCCUUUAAUUUGGUUCAACCAAUGAAUAAAUGUCACUUUCAAGGUUAGAGGGUGUUUGGCAACUGUAAUAAAUUGUCACUGUAUCGUGAAACUGCCUCAAAAAUUGUCUACAUAAAUUAUUUA